CAUCAGAAGAACUUAAAGCAUUUUCUUCUAACCGAUCAAGUAAUUGCUUCAACUUUUUGACAUUUUUUCUAAGUCAAUCAUGGGUGUUGUCACUUACGAAUCAGAGAAUGCCGUUGCAGUCGCACCAUCCAAGUUGUUCAAGGCCUAUGUCCUUGAUGGUGUCAAUUUUUUCCCCACAGUGAUCCCUGCCAUCAAGAGGAUUGAAAUUCUUGAAGGAGAUGGUGGCGCUGGAACCAUCAAGAAGAUCACUUUUGCUGGAGCUGAUAACCAAGCCACAUAUGUGAAGCACGAGAUUGAAUUGGUAGACCGAGACACAUUAUCAUACAACUACAGCAUAAUCGAAGGCGAUGUUUUGAGGGGUGCUCUUGAGAAAAUCAAUUCCAAGAACAAGAUUGUGGCUUCUGCAGAUGGAGGGUCAAUCUGGAAGACGACCACCACUUACCACAUCAAGGGUGACAUUGUGAUUCCAGAGGAUAAGCUCAAUGAGGCCAAAGAAAAGGCUACUGCAAUGUUCAAGGUUGUUGAAGCCUACCUCUUGGCUAAUCCAGACGCAUAUUAGUUCCUUUGAGAAUUAAACAUCUGGGAUUUUUAUUUUUUUUUUGUGCUUUUGAUUAAAUUUAUUUUGCUAUGCAAGUUUUUUUUUUAUUGGUGGGCUGUUUUGCAGUACUUCUUUCUGUUUGAAGGUGUAUUUUGAAUCGGUUUAUGUAUUCAUUCAGAAUAAUGAGCACAAUGUGCCAAUUUCAUGAA